AUAGAUCAAAUAUAUUUUGUCAUCACCUAUUAUUUAAACUGGUUGGUUUUUCACAAUGUCACAACUAAUUGAACUCUCCACUUAUUGAACUUGACUUGAAAUCAUGGUUCGUCGUUUCCCAACUGCUGCCCCUGAAUCCUCUAUUCUCGGUGAACAUCUAAAGUUUCCAAGUGGGAAAAUUGCUCAGAACCGUUUUUUGAAAGCCGCAUUAACUGAAAUGCUUUCAAUAUUUGAUCCAUCAACUCCAGGAGCCAAUGGAGUUCCAACACAAGAGAUUAUCAAUGUGUACGACAAAUGGGGAAAUGGACAGUUUGGAGUCAUUCUCACAGGUAACGUGCAAGUCUCACCUGUCCAUCUGGAAGCUCCAGGAAAUGCAAUGAUUUUCAAAGAAGGUGAAACUCCAGCUCGUCGGGAAGCCUAUAAAAAAUGGGCAAAUGUUACCAAACAAGACGGUGCUCUCGCGGUUGUCCAACUCUCUCAUGGUGGUCGACAAACUCCAAUAACUGUAAAUAAAACUCCGUUCUCUGCAUCCGAUGUUCAAUUGGAUAAGGAAGUUCGUUUUAUUGGAUUUGGAAAACCCGUCCCAUUAACACCUGAACAAAUUAAAACAGAAGUCAUUGAACGUUUUGUUUAUGCAGCGAAAUAUGCCUAUGAAACUGGAUUCGACGGAGUACAGCUUCAUGGAGCUCACGGAUACCUGUUGGCUCAAUUCACAUCGCCCACUACUAAUAAGAGAACCGAUCAUUAUGGUGGCUCAGUUUCAAAUAGACAACGAAUUGUUCUGGAAAUAUUUGAUGCAAUUAGAAAAGAAAUUCCAGCUUCUACAGGUUUUUUGAUUGGGUUGAAGACCAAUUCAGUUGAAUUUCAAUCAGAGGGAACAACUGUGGAUGAUGCUAUUGAAAUGUGCAGGGCUUAUGAAAAUAUUGGAUUUGACUUUGUUGAAUUGUCCGGUGGAACUUAUGAACAACUGGCAUUCCAGCAUCUCAAAGAAUCUACAAAACGAAGAGAGGCAUUCUUCCUGGAAUUCGCUGAAAAGAUUCGCCCAGUUUUCAAAAACACAGUUGUCUACUUGACUGGAGGUUUCCGUACAGUUAACGCAAUGGUUGAAGCUAUCAAAUCCGGAGCCACACAAGGAAUUGGUUUGGGUAGACCGAUUACUGCGGAGCCAGAUCUCCCAAAGAAAAUUCUGCAAAAGUUGGCCCCUUCAGCUGUCUUCGAUGCAAUUGAUCAAAGUGAAUUUGUCCUCUCACUUCUUGCGAGCAACACUCAAAUUGAACAAAUGGGACGGAACUCGCUGAAAGAAGCAAACAAUGAUGUCACUUACGGACUCAGUGACUUCAGUGAUGAAGAUACUGUGAAAAGAUUUGGAAAAGCAGUUGAAGAAUUCGCCGAACUUUUGAAAAUUCAAGCAUCUCGAGGUGUCGCAAUUCCAAAUGUGAUCACAUUCGAAGGAGUGAAAGCAUAAAUUAUGCAUGUUUUUAAUCUGUUUUUUUCAAAAUAAAUUUGUAGCGAGAUACAUAAAUGUAAAUAAAUUAUUGUUGAUUUA